GUCUCAUUUUCUUUCUUUCUUUCUUUCUUUUUUCUGUCUUCCUUUCAGUCUGUCAUUCUUUCCUUCUAUCUGGGUUGUACGUGCAUGCAGAGAGAGAAAGAGGGAGAGCGAGAAAGAGGCAUGCCGUCAUGCCAUGGAUGAGGUUGCCACCAUUUACUUUCCCUUCAGGACUCAAAACCAAUCCAUUCCAUAUCUUGCCUUCAACCAUCAGAAUCCAAGGGCAUUGACUUGCACCUGGAAACCACUCUUCAGACCAAAACGUUUUAGGCAUCGGACUUGAGCUGAUGGACUGUGUUUUGUUUUGUUUGUUUGUUGGUGUUUUUUUGUACAGUAUUAGCCUUUUAAUAAUUACCGAAAGGCAAGAUGCCUCGGUUAUUGAAGUGAAGAGGAAAAAGAAAGAAAGAAAGAAAGAAAGAAAGAAGAGCUGUAAAAAUAAUCAUGUUAAAUAACACAAAUGAAGUUUGGCUUGAGACUGUGCUGUAUUCUACACUGUGCUGGCAUGUAGCAUGUGUUGGGCCUGUUCACUGUCACUGUGUUACUCGCCUGUGUGAGGGACCCUUGCACAGACACACACUCACACACACUCACAGACACUCACACAGACACACUCACAGGGUAAGGCCCUGCUGUGUUGGGUGGAUCACUGAAAAACAACGACAACAAAAAAACAAACACUUUGGUUUAUUGUUUUAUUUAAUUUUUUGUCUAGUUUUGUUUACAAUAUGUGACCAUUCAAAUGGCCAGCUCCCUCCCUCUGUGACUGCUGUGCACUGCUGUGGCCCAUCGAUUAAAGACUCUUUGGGCCCUCAGCCCUGUUCAGGCGCCCUCUGAGAGGAGGUCCCCCCAUCACAGCCGUCUCCGAGAGAUGUGCCCUCCUCAGGUUCGGUGACCAGUCAAGUCAUUCAGGAAAUACAGGAGACGCAACAGCCACAGCCCAACUCCCAACUAUGCACAGCCCCACGGCCGCCUCGAACCCAGGUCACCCGGGGACCACCAAGCACACACCUGUGGACUGUUAGACUUCCUAUCAUGGUCCCUUACGCCUGAAGUGUGUGUGUGUGUGUGUGUGUGUGUGUGUGUCAGGGCUUUUCUAGCAUCAUGGUUUGGCUCUACAGCUAGAAAUUUCAGCAAAGUCAUUUUUUAUUUUUCACACCGAAGUUACAAAGACAUUUCAUUGAAACGUUCAUUUUAGUGUGGAAAAAGAAUCAUGCAACAGAACUAGGUUAUGAGAAUAGUGCCUUAAUUUUGAUUAUUUGCAGUUUCAAUUGAUUUCUUUUUUUCCUCCUUAGGAAAAAAAAAAACAAACAUAUUUUGUUUGUUGAAAGUAUUGCAGUAUUUCUGAAAGUUGGGAAUGUUUUAGAAUACUUUUUUUUUUUUUUUUUUGUAAAGAUAAAUUGAGAUAAAAAUAAAUUGUUCAAUUUAUUUGUGCUAGGUCAUGUUGACACUGCCCCUGACCCCUGACGUGAAACUUUGGAAGUGCUCAAUUUGUCGCCCCAAUCAUGUGUUCGCGGCAUGAAGAUGAUUAACCGGUUUAAUGCCCGCUGUGUCCCGUUGACGCGCGUGUAGGAAGCCCGUGCUCAUAGCCAAAGCACAAGUAGGAGUAAAAACCAGAGAGCCCCCUUUCUUUUCAGAGUAUGGGAGUCUGGCGUCCUCACACACUCCAAAACAGUUCGCUUGCCGUUGAUUCAGUUAACCAAUGUUGUCAUUGAAUGGAAGACCGAUUCUAUGUUGCUGCUUGACGUAAAUGGCCGUGUACUAAAGGGGUUUCAUAGGCUGUUAACUUCAACCUCUACCUGUGUUAUUUGUGUGUGUAAAAUAUGUGACGCUUGUCUCAAACGUCCUCUAACUGUAAAACGUUUUUAUCCUCUGAUUCGCUUUGGUACAUUUUAUUAUUAAGGUGGAACUCUGGGGGGGAAAAGAUGGCUCGUUAAAAGAUAUUACGGUUUUGUCCUCCCUGAAUUUGAUUUGUGAGCUGAAUAUUUAGUGUCUUGGAAAAAAUAAAGUUACAUAAUGUCUAUCUGCUCCUUGUAUGACUUGUUUUUUGUGUGUAGUGCUGUUGGUGUUUAAAUCACAUCUUUAUGUGUGCACGCUGAACCAGGAUAGGAUAAUGCGAGUUGUUUUUGCUUAUUUCUGACGGUCGCAGUUGCAUAAUGCCAUCUGUUGAAUAUUCCCGGUUUGACAAUUGAUGUGGCAUGUGGGUCUAUUUUUUUUCUGGAGGCGGGGUUUUAAAAUUGAAAAUACCGAUGGUCUAGGAGAGAUUGCGAUCACCAAAUGCUGAAGAGUCGGGGCUUUCACACUUUAUCUGACCGCCUCCGGGUUUCUCUCAUGAUCUGCAAAGUUAAUAUGAAGUUCUAGAAUGUCUUACAAAACUGCUGGAAUCCUCGGUCGUGUUCUUCUGCAAAGUGGCAACAGGACACCACCUCUUGCCAGGUCCUUAAAACUUCAGAAUUACAGUAAAUGUUCGUCCUGCGGUGUGAGUAAUCAAGAGGGCAAAUCUAAGCCAUGUACUUCGGCUUCUCCGACCUCCCCCGCCGCGCACAGGCACCAGGUAGGCGGCAAGAAGCGCACCGAGGAGACGCUGACCUUGUCCGGAAGGUCCUACUCUUCAACCGCCCUCAAAGUGGACCAGAAGACCUACCUGUGGGCAAGAUACAGUGAGAUGAAACGUCUGGUACAUGAUCUGAUCCCUCCUGGCGUGUGCACGCUGCUCAACUCCUCCGCCAUCUACGCCAACAACGAGGUGAGCCUGGCCGAGGUGGACAUCUACGGCUUCGAUUACGACUACACACUGGCCCUCUACUCCAACGCUCUCGACUCAAAGAUCUACACCACCGCACGAGACUUCCUCAUCGAGCACUACAAGUACCCUGAGGGCAUCAGAAAAUAUGAUUACAUUCCCAACUUUGCCACUCGGGGGCUUCACUAUGAUAUUCAGAAGGGUCUUCUGAUGAAGAUAGAUGCCUUCCACUAUAUCCAGCUAGGAACGGUUUAUCGAGGCCUGAGGCCCGUCCCUGAUGAGGAGGUGCUGGAGCUUUAUAAAGGGACCCAUCACGUCCCACUGAACACCGACAGUGGCUUCUAUGGCAAGGGCCCAAAAGUGAAGCAGUUCAUGGACGUCUUCUCCCUGCCGGAGAUGACCCUGCUGGCCGUGGCCAACGACUUCUUCAUCUCUAGCAACAUCGAGUACGACCCCGUGCACCUCUACCGAGACGUGUCGGAAGCUAUUGGGAUGGUGCAUAUUAAAGGCUACAUGUACAAAUGGAUCAUGCAGGACUUGGAGAAGUACAUCAUGAGCGGAGAGGAGACGUACGCUGUCCUGCAUCGCCUGGUCAGCCAAGGGAAGAAGCUUUUCCUCAUCACUAACAGCCCCUUCAGCUUUGUUGACAAGGGCAUGAAGUACAUGGUUGGCAAAAACUGGCAAGAGUUCUUCGACGUGGUCAUCGUUCAGGCGGACAAGCCGCACUUUUUCAACGACUGUGUCAAGCCGUUCAGGCGUUUAGAUGGCAAUGGAGAUCUUCAGUGGGACAAAAUAACCAGUCUGGAUAAAGGUCAGGUGUACAAACAGGGGAACCUCUUUGACUUCCUCAGACUGACAGGCUGGAGUGGCUCCAAAGUUCUGUAUUUUGGUGACCACCUCUACAGUGAUCUGGCGGACCUGAUGCUCCGUCAUGGCUGGCGUACGGGCGCCAUCGUCCCAGAGCUGGAGCUGGAGACCAAGGUGGUGAGCACGGAGCAGUACGCCCAGAGCCUCACCUGGCUGCAGGCCCUCACUGGCCUCCUGGAGCGCAUGCAGCUGCAUCGGGAUCCAGAGUCUAAAGAGGUACUCCUUGAAUGGAUGCAGGAAAGAGAGGAACUACGGCAAAAGACGAAAAACCUGUUCAACCCCCAGUUUGGGAGCAUCUUCCGCACGUGCCACAACCCCACCUACUUCUCCCGGCGCCUCUGUCGCUUCUCCGACCUCUACAUGGCCUCGGUCAGCUGCCUGCUGAACUACGACCUCUCCUACACCUUCUACCCGCGCCGCACGCCUCUGCAGCACGAGGCCCCGCUGUGGAUGGACCAGCUCUGCACCGGCUGCAUGAAGACGCCCUUCCUGGAGGAGAUGACCCACAUCCGCUAGACGGAGGACCAGAGAGGAGCCGGAUCUGGGCCGAACCGGGCCCAGACCAGGAACGGGUCCGUCUCAGGGUCGGCUCCUCUCUGGGGAUGGGAGUGGAGGAGACAGCGUUCUAAGUUUCUUUAGUGCUAAGUAGAGGUGGAACUUCUAGUAAAAGAAAAACUGGCAGAGAGAAAUAAUUAGGUGACAUGUAGUUAUGCGGGGCCAGAUGUAAUUUCCACACUGUGGUGAGAGUUCACAGUCUGGAGACGAGUCUUAUAAAAUGUGAACUAGAAACGCAUAGAAAAUAAACCCCAACAAAGCUGCAACUACUGGCUUUUUUAGUGAGCCGUGACCCUAACCUCCACCUUUCCUUGUACUUUUAGCCAAAGACUUUCAGUCCCCUCCAGAGUCCCACCUUCCCACCUUCAGCACUUGGAGAAACUAAGAAUUAGGUCACAUCAUCUGGCUGAGUUCAUAUGUGGACCAAUAAACACAGAAGGAACACAAACCUGUCUUUCCACCCAAACUCCCUGUAACCCUUGGAGUCUAAGCCCCAAUGAACUCAGUGCACAUUUGCAUCAGCUAAACUAAGCUUAUGAGCGUAAGUUUAAACCUCUGAUGGGUUACUUAGUAGAAUUAGCUACUACUCCUAAUGCGAUUAUUAGUGCUAAUAUUGAUACCAUUCUAAUUAUAGCAAACUUCUGAUUUGUCCUACCUUAGAUAUUGGGAAGCCACUGGGAAAAUCCACUGACUUUAUUGUGCAUUAUUGUUUAGUGAGAGUUGCAUUUUACCUUAUUUUUUUUACACCUGACUUGGAUGUUGUAAAUUAUGUUUUAGCUGCUAUUUGUUUCGUUUGUAUGGUGUUUCCCUGUAAAGAGGACCUAUUAUGCUUAGUUUCAGUGCUCACAAUUUUGUGGUUUACUAGAAACAGAAGUACGUGCUCCAGUGCUCCAAAACACAUUGUUUUUCUCAUACUGCACAUUCCCCGUCUGUCUGAAACGCUUUGUUAGAGCUCCUGUGUCAUUAAGCCCCCUCCCCAAUCAGCUCAGUGUGCUCUGAUUGGUUAGCUCUGCGGACAAUAAUAAUUGUGUUAUGAGAUUGCGUAAUCUUGUAACAAAAGAAAAGGGCUGGAAUUCUUACAAGGCAUUUCAGGCAGCUGAGAAAAAAGUGGUGUCUGUGGGAGAGAGGUACUCCCUCUGGUGUG